AAUAGUUUCAGUUAUCAGUGGUUUAGUGUUUCGUAUUAGUGCUUUUGAUAUUCAAUGACGCACAAAGUACAACGUCACCGUUAUCGUUAUUUUUUAGUUAUUUUGCUAUAUCUGGAUCUGGCAAUACUGUUUAAAAAAGAAGUGUCAUAAUUGUCAUUCAUUCAUUCAACUCCAUUUUUCAUUCAAUCAAUUCUAUUCUAUGUCAAAAUGACAACAUUUCAUUCUGUGUUUGCACAACAGCUACGUUGUGGUCUUUUGAUUCUCAUUUCAUUUUGGACAUAUUUUCUAAACACCACCAAGUUUAUUUAAAAGUGGCCAUUAAAUAAUUGUUUCAUCAAUAUGCCGUGCCACAUUUACUUCGAGGACACCGUCGUAACGGAUAUCAAUAAUGUCCACGAUGUGGCGUCAUUGAGGUGCCAUAUUUCUCAUAAAUACGGUAUUUCUAAUGAAGAUCUAUUCGUGACCAUCAAUGGCAAAGCUGUUUCAAGUGAUUCCACGUUAGAAAACAUUGAUAAUGUGGUCAGAGUUUUCACAAAGCUCGUUGGAGGUAAAGGUGGUUUUGGGUCAAUGUUACGUGCCAUCGGGGCCCAAAUUGAGAAAACCACAAAUCGUGAAGCUUGCCGUGAUCUAUCAGGGCGUCGUUUGAGAGAUAUUAACGAAGAAAAACGCCUUAGGAAGUGGCUGGAAGGGCAGGAAGAGAGGGAACGAGAGGCGGCCGAGCGAAAGCAAAAGAAACUAGAACGACUCAUAGCUGAGCCUAAGAUUGACGUGAAUUUGCAUCCUAGUUACGAGCGCGAGCGGCAGGAGUUGCCGGAGCGUGUAAGCGCGGCUUUAGAUGCUGGCUGGCAAGUGGCUGGGUCUUCUAAUGAGACUGGCCAGAAAAGAAAGCUUGUAGAAGAAAAAACUAAGGCCAAAAAGAAACUAUGGAUCGACGCGGAGUUGUCAGACUGUUCAUCGUUAAGUGAAGAUGAGGAAGAAGAGGGAAGAAAAAGCCCGGCAGUGGCUGUGUCUACGGACAGUGGGAAUGAGUCAGAUAAGGUCUCGGAAACCAGUAAAGUGUAGACAUUUUACUGUGUAUUAGUGGUGGUGCGUCAAAGUACUCAAGUGAUUUGGCUCUACUUCAUGAGCCAAAAACACUCAUUAGCCGGGUCCACACAGAGUGAGCAUACGCGCAUAAUUUCCACAUGCACAAACGGGCCAGUGUAGACAUGCCUCGGCCGAGGCGGCGCGCUCUGGCGAGGAAAACGCAUGCGCCGCCUUGGACGAGGCAUAUCUACACUGGCCGGUUUGUGCGUGAGGAAAUCGCCUCACGCGUAUGCUCGCUCUGUGUGGGCCCGGCUAAUGUCUAGCUGAAAAUUAGGCAUGCUGGUGGAAGUUGAGUACUAUGGACAGUCUGCCACUGGUGUAUAUUGGUAUUUGUAACAUUAAUUAAGUCGAUACAUAUUUAAGAUUGUGGCUAUUGGACUACUUUUAAAAUUAUUAUCAUUAAAUAAAUUAGGUUAAGUGAA